AUGUCUAUCAACAUCGAGACUGUCGCCACCCCCCAAAAGACCGCUCGCGGGCCUGCUGAGGCCGCGGACGCGUCGGCCGUCUACCUGGGCACCAAGAACCGUAUGCCUGAGUUUGUGCUCACGGACAAGGUUGUCUGCGUAUCUGGCGCUGGUCGUGGUCUUGGUCUUGUCCAGGCUGAAGCGUUGUUGGAAGCCGGUGCCAUUGUCUACGCUCUCGACCGAUUGCCUGAGCCGAGCGGAGACUUCGCCCGCAUCCAAGCCAAAGCCAGCACCCUCGGCACAAAAAUUGAAUACCGCCGCAUUGACGUCCGCGACACCGAACUGCUCACCAACGUCAUUGAAGAAAUCGCCAAUGUCGAGGGACGCAUGGACGGCCUCAUCGCCGCCGCCGGUAUUCAACAGGAGACACCUGCAUUGGAGUACUCGGCCAAGGAUGCCAACACCAUGAUGGAAGUCAAUGUGACUGGAGUGUUCAUGACUGCGCAGGCGGUUGCCAAGCAGAUGAUUCGAUUUGGGAAUGGGGGUAGCAUCGUCAUGAUCGCUAGUAUGAGCGGAACUAUUGCCAAUAAGGGCCUCAUCUGCCCAGCCUAUAAUGCCUCCAAAGCAGCCGUCAUCCAACUCGGCCGCAACCUCGCCGCCGAAUGGGGCCAGUACAACAUUCGCGUCAACACCAUCAGCCCCGGGUAUAUCGUCACCCAGAUGGUCGAGAACUUGUUUGUGCAGUACCCCGAGCGCCGCGAGGAAUGGCCCAAGCAGAACAUGUUGGGCCGUUUGUCGCGCCCUGAGGAGUACCGUGGCGCGGCUGUGUUUUUGAUCAGUGACGCCAGCAGCUUUAUGACUGGAAGCGAUUUGCGGAUGGAUGGUGGCCAUGCUGCCUGGUAA